AUGGUGUAUGUUCCGCUUGUUUUGGCAAAGGUGUCGACACUCAUUUUAAAACCAUCCAGCAAAGGCAACAACGUUGAUGUUGACGACCAACAAAUCCAACAAAUCUGGGCUGGAGCUAUAAUUCUUUUAGUGAAUGACGUUGAGGACAGAAUUACGCAUGCCAGAUAUCUCCAAGGACAAGGCUGGUACUUUUUUGUCUCUCCAAUAGUAUACAAGAUCCAUAUGAGUAUGUUUGGGAGACCAAAGAGACAAAAUACGCUAACGAUGAAUACGACAGCCGAUUUUAAGAGUGACGAGCUGCUUCACUGCACCGAGAUAGAUCAUUUUGGAAAGACAAGAUGUUAA